UAUUUCAAAAAAGCCAACUUCUUCACUGCAAGGAAAAAAAAAAAACAGCAACCCUGGGAUGUUGAACUCUUGGAUCACUGUCUGAGACGCCUUUCAACAAGGUUUCAGGUACAACUUAAAAAAUGGAGGCAAAAUAAACAUUUGGGAACAACCAUGAGAGUCAAACCAGCUCACAACAACACUUCCAGAACUGAGAUCACUUGGGUCAAAGACCUCCUAGACUCAUCAGAUAGACAUUGGAAUAUAGGCGUAGUGGAGAGAUGUUUCUCCAAGCAUGAAAGUGAAGAAAUUCUUAAAUUAAGAAGGUCUGAUCCUAUUGCUGAGGACAAGCUAAUCUGGGAUGAUAGGAAUAAGGGACAAUUUUCAGUGCUUUAUGUUUACAACAAGCUGGUGGGG